CUUCAAACAUCAAAGCGAGUAACUUUACACUCCUCUCGACUCGCCAUCGCGACUUACGGUUCAACUUCCCCGACUACGAUUGGGAUAGAGCAAUUCGUCUCUCGUCAAAAUAUCAGAUCAAUUGUACAUCGACUCGACAUCAUGUUUGAGCACUUCGCCCUACGUCACAUCCCUCCUCUCCUCCUCGCCAGCAUCUGGACAGUGGGUGGACUCAUGUCCUUCACACACGGCCCCGAAGAAGCCAUACGCACUUAUGGCCUUUCGGAUAAAAUCGCAUCCUCAAAAGCCGCUUGGCCACUGAUCAGAAUCGAGGGAUCGCGCGUCACCACCAUUGGCCUGGCAAUCUGGGGCAUUUACUUGGGUGGCCAUCUCGAGGCCAUGGACACGCUGCUGUCGUGCAUUGGUUGGAUGGCUAUCAUUGACGGCUAUGUGUGUUCAAAAGAUGGAGCACCUGGUUCGGCGAAGAUGAGGGGGAUCUAUCAGGGUGUUGUUGCGACUUGGGGAUUGCUGGGCAUGACCUCUGGAAAGUACUUUUAGGCAAUGCGCGAUAAUCCUGGUGCAAGAAAGAACAAUUCAUCUCAAUAGCAUUGGCUAUCUAUUC